AUUCAAAGUGAAACGUACAAUAUUCGUAAUCUGUAUUUAAUAGUCAUUGGCCAUCUAUCUCAAUACCUAUCAUUUUGUCGACAUCUGUACUGUGGUUGCAAAUUUUGAUUUGCAAAUAAAUAUUAGUGUUUUUGUUACUUAGUAUAGACCUAUUAAAUUAUUAAUUAACUGUUGAGAUAUUAAUUACUUUUCUGUUACUUUACCAAAAUAAAUGUGUUUUGAUGGUGAAUUAGAGAACUAUUAUUGUUUACAAUAAAAUCCAUGCGUCGCCAUUUUCGCACUUAUUGCAGUGACAUUUUAUUAAGUCGUGGUUUAGAAUACUUUAAUAAAUGAACAGUGUGAUUGAUAUAUUUUACUUUGGUAGCAUAGUGCCUUUACGAGGAUUUUUCUUGACUACUCACGUCCUAGAAAAGGAUUCAAUGGAUAACACAUUAGACCCAUCGGCAUGACUGAAAAGGUGCUAUACCCAGGCGGUAAACAUCGAAGGAAUACGCGCUUUGCUGCAGAUAUUUAAUUACUGUGUGUACGCUUGCCCAGUUGGGAAUAUCAGUUGGAAACAGAAACAUGUCUGUAUCGUGGACGAACGAAUUAACCGAAACGUUAAUAGAUUUAUAUCACAAUCAAAGUGUACUAUGGGAUUCGAGUGAUGUAGAUUAUAAAAAUAAACAUAAGAAAAAGGACGCAUGGAAAACUAUUAGUGAUGUUAUGGGGCUACACGAACUUGAAAUUCAAAGGAAAAUUAAAAAUUUGACGGCACAGUUUUUCAGAGAGAAAAAGAAAUUAAAAGAGGACAAUAAAUCUGGCUCCUCGACUUCCGAAACUCCUAGGUGGUUUGCCUACCAACGGCUUCUUUUUUUAACAGACAGAAAUGAACCCAGGAUAUGCGUAGAGAGGGGGUUAAAUGAAACACAUGAUUCUGGUCUAGAAAGAAGUGCUGGCGAAGAAAGUUCUCAUAAUCAAAGUCCAUUACGUAAUGAAGUGAACGCAAAUGACACCACACUACCAGAUCCACAAUCAGGAUAUUUAAGCUUGUCAGAUAUUAGAAAAAAUAUAAAAGGGUCAAAAAGGAAGGUUUCAAAUUAUGAGCAACAACAAGAAGGGCCUUAUGAUAUAUUCAAAGACUUUCAGACGAAGAAAUCUCGCAAUAGAUUCACGAUUUUUGGGGAACAUGUUGCAGCAAAAAUAGAAGCUUUAAAAUCAAGCUAUGCCCAAAAUGUUGUAGAGCAUUUAAUAUCCAAUAUUUUAUUUGAAGCAAGCAUCGGAAAAUAUGACUAUCCUGCUGCUAGACAAAUGAGUCCGUUUUCAACACAUUCAUCAAAUUCAAGUUUCUCGCUUAUGCAUACACACGCUCCAUCGCCACAAUACGCAUCACCACCUUCACCUCAGUUAGAAUACCCAACACAGGCAACACAACAAACUCAGAAUACACCACUCACCGUACUACAAAUAGAACAUGAACCACUCACGCCAAAAUGUCCUCCAGCAAUUUCACCAAAAGUAGAAUACAUAUAGAAACACAAGUCAAGUAUUUAGCAUGAGGCUAUAAAUUUUACUUAUAUUAUAUUUU